AUGCCUUCAAAUCGAAUCUUCCGGCCGGCAGUGAAUCUGCUAUCCGCGACCACGAGGAGAGUCCGGCCUGCAACAUGUAGUCGGCUCUACGAAGCGGCGCGACAUGCGCAUACGAGCUCACAGGCGUUGGGGGUGUCAGCACGGUUGAGGCCGACGUUACAGACAGCAUCGAGGUUAUCAGCGGUAGCGCCGCGGGGCGCGCGAAGUAUUUUCAUACAAACCGAAACGACGCCGAACCCGGACGCGCUCAAGUUUCUGCCGAACUACAGGGUGCUACCCCCGGAGAUCCCUACGACUUUCAUCGAGUACUUAAACCCGCGGAGCACGAUCGCGCCGCCGUACCCGUCGCCGCUCGCCGCGCAGCUGAUGAACAUCGACGGAGUGACGUCAGUUUUCUACGGGCCCGAUUUUAUCACCGUGACGAAGUCGCCUGACGCCAACUGGGUGCAUGUCCGCCCGGAAGUCUUCAGCUUGAUCACUGAGGCUAUAACGGCGGGGCAACAAAUCGUCAACGUAAGCAGCAACGAGAGCGGGGAGCAAGGCCAGGAGGCUGCGGAGGAGGACAGCUUGAGCUAUAAUGAAAACGAUAGCGAAGUUGUAGGCAUGAUCAAGGAGUUACUUGAAACUCGAAUACGGCCUGCCAUCCAAGAAGAUGGUGGAGAUAUUGAAUUCCGGGGGUUUGAGGAUGGAUAUGUGAAGCUGAAGCUCAGGGGAGCAUGCCGGACUUGCGAUUCGAGUACGGUCACAUUAAAGAAUGGUAUUGAGGGAAUGUUGAUGCAUUAUAUCGAGGAAGUCAAAGGAGUACAUCAAAUAAUGGACCAGGAGGAAGAGAUCGCGAUGAAGGAAUUUGCAAAGUUCGAAGAGAAGCUUCGAGCACAGAAGGGGCCAGACGCAGCACCGUCUACACCUGGCAAGGAUUCAUUAGAUUCAGUGCCUGGAUAA